GAGACAACAGGUGAGACAGCUGAGAGACUCAACACACCGACAGUCAGAAUAUGGACAUCACUUCCUGUUUCUGUGUCAGCGCUGCAGCUGUGUUCUUCUUCACCGUGCUGUGGAAGCUUAAAGAGGGCUGUGGAACCUGGUUCUGGACCGUCUGGGCCCUGGUCUGGGUCUUGGUCUGGGCUCUGGUCGGGUCCUCUCUGUACCUCUCUGGUCCUCCGGUGGUCUGUGGACUGGCCGUCCUCGGCUGCAGCUUGUUCCUGAUGUGUGAGACUGAGAAGAGAGUAGAGCUGCAGAGCAGAGCGGUGCUGAUCACAGGUUGUGAUUCAGGAUUCGGUCUGGCUCUGGCAUUGCGGCUCAGCGAGUCCGGACUGAAGGUAUUUGCUGGCGUGCUGGAUGAGGACGGAGCUGGAGCUCAGCAGCUCAGAGGACGAGGAUGUGAAAACCUUCAGGUGCUGCAGCUCGACGUCACCGACAACAACCAGAUAGAGACGGCUCACAGGUACAUCGGCACUCAGGUGGCUGACACAGGUCUGUGGGGUUUGGUGAACAACGCAGGAGUCCUUCACUGUCCCGUGGAUGCAGAGCUGCAGCCAAUCACAGCGUUCAGAUACUGCAUGGACGUGAACUUCCUGUCUGCAGUGAAGAUGUGUCAGGUGUUCCUCCCUCUGCUGAGGAGGUCCAGAGGACGCAUCGUCAAUGUGUCCAGCAUGGCAGGUACAUCUGACUGACUACU